AUGUCUCUGAUCGAGAACCUGGCCAAUCUCUCGUCUCUUCCCGCGCCUCUGCCUCCAGCUCCUGAGGGCGAGGUCUUCACCAAGGAUCAAUGGGACACCUUGUUCUCGAUCCUCGAAGUCUUCGUACCGUCUAUCCCGGCCUCUUCGAGAGCAGAUGGCGGCCAGUCCACAGAGUUCGAUGAGGCGCUUUCCAGACUGAAGCUGUAUCAGCCAGAGGGUCUCCCUGAGGAUGUGGCACGAGCAUACCUGCUUGAGGACGCUGUCUCAGAUCCCAAGUACAGACAAGCCGUGGAACGAAAAUUCAAGCUCUUUGUCCCUCCUUCAAACGCACAAGGAUUGGGUUUUGUUCUCUCAUUAUUCAAUACCACCGCGGGCUCCUAUAUCUUGACAGGAUACACCACGCCAAUCCACAAACAGGACCUCGAGACCCGUUGCAGAAUAGUCUGCCAGUGGUCCUCAGCCAGGUUACCUCUCCUGAGAGCAGUCCACAAGUCCCUCAGCGGCUUAGCGAGACAGAUUUGGCUUGGUACUUCUCCCAAUCUGCACCGCAUUCUCGACUUCCCCGAGAUCCCCAAGCACAUCGAGCGCAAUCCAAGCUACGACUUCAAAUUUCAUGACUUCGCCUCCCCAUCCGUGUCCACGACACUCUCGGCCGAUGUUGUGAUUAUCGGAUCUGGAUGCGGCGCCGGCGUGGUCGCCUCACAUCUAUCCCGUGCUGGUCUGAAGUGCCUGGUCCUCGAGAAGUCCUAUCACUUCCCGUCUACGCAUUUUCCCAUGUCCGCCCCCAGCGCGGGGGAGCAUUUGAUGGAGAAUGGCGGCUUGAUGGUCUCGGACGAUGCCUCCGUUGGCAUCUUGGCCGGGAGCACGUUCGGCGGUGGCGGCACAGUCAACUGGUCAGCCUCGUUGCAGCCUCCACGACCGGUGCGCGAGGAAUGGGCGGCCGACAAUCUCCCUCACUUCCUGAGCGCAGAGUACCAGGACUGUCUCGACACGGUCUGCGAGCGCAUGGGCGUCGCGAGGGCCACCGAUCCCGAGGCGCUCGGAAAGAUCGAGCUCAACUUCGCCAACAGGACCCUGCUCGAAGGGUCCCGCCGCCUCGGCAUCGCCGUGCAGAUUGUGCCCCAGAACACGGGCGUUUCCAAGCGCCACUUCUGUGGCUACUGCACCUACGGCUGUGCCAGCGCCACCAAGCAAGGGCCCGCGAACUGCUGGUUCCCCGACGCCGCGGCCCACGGCGCCGAGUUCGUCGAAGGCUGCUGGGUCGAAGAGAUUGUGUUUUCCGAGCACAAGGGAAUCAAGACGGCCACGGGCGUCAAGGCAAUAUGGACGUCCCGCGACCGAAGCACGACUCGAGAACUCACCAUCUCGGCCAAACGCGUCAUCGUGUCUGCCGGCACGCUGCAAUCGCCGCUGGUCCUCCAGCGCAGCGGACUCAAGAACCCUCACAUCGGAGCACAUCUGCACCUGCACCCGACCAACACAGUCCGGGCGACGUGGCCGCACCGGACCAACCCAUGGGAAGGCGCGAUCCUGACCGUCGCCAUGACCGGUCUCGAAGACCAAGACGGCAAACACCACGGCCCCAAAGUCGAGGUCAUCUGCUCGACUCCGGGAUUCGGCCUGCUCACCGUGCCCUUCCGCCCGCAGCACGCCCUCACCGACAACAAGAAGAGUGCCCUGUCCGCGGCCAUCGAGUACCGGCUCAACGCCGCCAAACACGCCUUUUCCACCGGCUUCGUCUGCAUCACCCGCGACGCCGACACAGGCAAGGUGUACAUCGACCCCAAGGACCCGACCCGGAAACGAGCGCGGGUCGCCUACACGCCCUCGGCGCGCGACAGAGCCCACAUCUUCGCGGGCAUGGAGGGCGGCAUGCGUGCCGCCUUCGUCAUGGGCGCCGUGGAGAUCGACUCGGCCCAUCCGUCCGUCGAGCGCUGGGUGCGGCCCUCCUCCUCCUCCCUAGACCCGAAAUCCACGCCUGCUGCCAUCGACGACGACCUUUCCUCCUUCAACAUCUUCCUGGCCGAGGCCCGCAGGCUGUGGCUCGCGGACCCGGGCCCGUGCACCGUCGGCUCGGCGCACCAGAUGGGGACGUGCCGCAUGGCGUCCUCACCAAAGACCGGCGUGGUCGACGCAAAGGGCAAGGUCUUUGGCACCCAGGGACUCUAUGUCGCCGACGCGAGUGUGUUUCCCUCGGCGAGCGGCGUGAACCCCAUGAUCAGCACUAUGGGCAUUGCCGAGUGGAUCGCCAGGGGGAUCGUUAGAGAGUUGAAAGACGCUAAAGCGUAA